UGGAGCACGCUGGUGUCAUGUGAAUAGAUAUGACAAAAACAGCUCUCCUUAAAUUGUUUGUGGCAAUAGUGAUCACGUUCAUUUUAAUUUUGCCAGAACACUUCAAGACACCAAAAGGAAGAACAUUGGAGCUUUCCUGUCUGGAAGAGUGUUUGCAGCCUAAUUCCACCUAUUCGCUGUCCUCCUUAAAUUUUUCUUUUGUGACUUUUCUGCAACCAGUAAGGGAAACUCAGACUAUGAUGGGAAUCUUUCUAAAUUCCUCUACUUUCCAAAACUUCACGAAGAUUUGCCAAGACAUCACAAGUGAAUUUAAAACAUGCUCCUCAUGUUUGGUUUGUGAAUCCAAAGGAAACAUGGAUUCCAUUUCUCAGGAACAAACAUCAAAAGUUCUUAUCAUGAGAGGAUCAAUGGAAAUGAAAGAAAAUGAUUUUUAUUCACCUUGUCAACAUUUUAACUUCACUGCGACUCCUAUAGUUGACCACAUGGGGGAAUAUAACACUACCUGCCAUCUAAAAAACCACACUAGAAAAUCAAUAAGAGUGGAAGAAGAUCCAAUCAAGGAAAAGUCUACAAAUCACACUUGUAGAAUUAUGGACUAUCCUAACAAUUGUAUUCACAUUUCUUUGCACCUAGAAAUGGACGUAAAAAAUGUUACCUGUCCCACGAAGAUCACUUGGUAUAUUUUAAUUAUAUUAGUUUUUAUAUUUUUUAUCAUCCUCAUUAUCUUCAAAAUAGUUAAAGGCCACAGGAGAAUACAGAUGUGGCAGAGUCAUAAAUACAAAGGUACAUCUGUUCUUCUAAGAGGAAGCGAUUCUGAGAAACAGAGAGCAUUGAACGUGCGGGUUAUUUCAGAGUCCACACCGGGGCUGCCCUUGGCUCAGAUAAAGGAAGUGCUCCCCCCAAUACCAGAACUGGAAGCAACUUCUGCAGUUCAUCAUCGAGAUCAAUACACAUGAUAAUCCCUGAGCAAAUUGGACUGAACCCUGUUGAAGAAUGCUUAUAAUUUUAUUUUGGGAAUGAGUAG